UAAUCCGUCGGUGCGCGCAGAACAUUCAAAAGCGGUUGCGCCAUGUAUAAUUGACAAUCCUUCGUUUAAUCGUUUUGAGAGUUGAGAACUUGAGACCCGUCAUUGAUUCAUUGCAAUUGAAGUUCAAUUUAAAUCAAGCAACCGCUGACUUAUAAGGAACUCAACAGAUUAUUUGGUGCUGCCAUGCCUUCGUUGAAGGGACCGAGUAGUGGCAUGACAAGCAGCCGCCGCCGCUCUUCUUCUCGAAUUGGCUCUCAGUCAAAACAACAGCCCUGCCCAGACUCAGAAGACAUCUUUGCAGCAACUCCUCUGGAAACAGUAACCAGCCAAUACUCUUCUAUCAGGAACAAGUCCAAAAAUAAUCAAUCGUUGCAGCCAGAUAAUGUGCUGAGAGAAGACUCAAUAUUUUGUAAAUAUGUCUCUGAGGCAGGAAUGAUCUUGCAUACUGAUGAUUCUCCUAACAUUCUUUCCUGUGACCAUGUGAAGUUCAAGCAAAGCAUCAACAAGAAAUUCAACUCCAAUUUGUCUUUUCUUACAACAUUCAAACAAAAUAUGCCCAUAAAUUCUGUAGAGCUGGAUGAGUUUUUGAGUGGCUUGGAAAUGUACCUCAAUAAGCCUCAUCGUUUGAAGUGGUCUUUGCUAUACACUGAAACUGCACCUGAUUGUGACGUUGCUGGCAAGGGCAAUCAAGACUCUCUUGUUCGACUGCUCCUUAACGUGGAUGUGCUUCAACCUAAGCUUGUCACCCUGCUUACUGACACUCUCUUGAGCCUGGCUUAUGAGCAGAGUGAUGCUGGUGACAGCAGCCUUCCUUCUCUUGUACUGGGCAACCUCCGCUGGCUUGACCACAUCGUUGAGCCUGAGAGCCUCUCUGAUGCUAUCAUCUUGGUCCUGUUGGCUGCCACUGAACAGGUGCAACGAGAAAUAAUCAGCUUUAUUCCUAACAUCAUCACUGACGAGUUCCACGAGAGGGUGGCUGAUGCGUUCACAGAGCUGUACACGAGUCGGCCUAGCCUGGUACCAGCCAUCCUUGACUCUCUGCUGCACCUCAACUUGAGCGAGUCUAACUUGGCUGCGGUGCACCACAGCGUCCUUAACAACCUGCAUGCUACCGAGCCUCAGCACUUGCCCUGCGUCGUCAAGUUCAUCCUGCACUUCACUCCGCAAACAUCAUCUUAUCAGGUGUUGCGAGACGUGCGGGAGAAGCUCCACCUGCCCAAGGAAGAGGAUGUAGGAGGUGGCACCAGCAGCGAGGGCCCCAGCAGCGAGGGCCCCAGCAGCCGCCCCAGCAGCAGCUCCGAGAACGCCGGCAUCGCCGUCCUCGUCUGCUCCGCCAUCAAGAUGGCGCUGCUGCUCAAGAAGUUCCUUGUCAACUCUUGGCUCAAGGUGAUCGACGACGUGGAGUGCGACAAGAUGCGUGCAGAGGACGUGCUGCUGCUGGUGGUGAUGCACGACGCGUUCACCGCACGGCGCCGCCCCAUACACUCCAUCCUCAGGAACAAGAUACGCACAGGGCUGCAGUACGACGCUCUCCUACAGGCCGCCCUCGCGUGCCAUCCUGCCGUGAAGCAGGAGUACUUCGACAGCAUCAAGAAACUGGCCGGGGUUAUGAUCCGUUCUCCUGAGCCUGCCUGCUCGCAGUUCGGCGUCACCCUCUACAGGAUUUCGUUCGAGACGAGCGCGAGGAGCGCGUCGCUGCAGCAGGAGGUGGUGAUGGCUCUCCUGGCCCACAUGGGCGACGAUCAACACGUGCGCCUCAACAGCCUCAGGCUGCUGGCCUCCCUCAGCCACAGCCAUACGCUACAUAUGGCUCGCUUUGCCAUCCAUCUCAAGAGUUCGUUGGAGCAGCUGGAGCGACUGAGCCUGCAGGAGAGCAGGUGUCUCCUAGACGCCGUGUGCGCGGUGGCUGAGAGCGACAACACCACCGCACUGCACGCUGAGCUCGCCAUACACACGCGCAAGAUGCUUAACCAUCCUGAUGUCAGGUACAAGCGGCUCGGUGUGCUGAGCGCCGUACUCACCUUGAAGAACUCGCACGAGUCUUCAGCAACUCAGGACUCGGGUGGGUCUGGCCUGAGCGCUGGUGGGGAGGAUAUUCUGGAGGUGGUGCGAGUGUGUACUGCUUCCUGCCCGCCUGCCUCCGCCCUCUUCAUGGACGAGCUGGCCUCCACCAUCCUCAGGGAUGGCAUCAACCCUAAGCUCGAGCGCUGGCUGAGUGGGAAGCUGGAAGAGAGUUUUGAGAAUGUCUUCGUGGUGGAUUUAGAUCCCAAAACUCCACAGAAAGAGACCUCGCACAUGCAUCUGCCCGUUCAGCUUGCAUUCGAUUUAGAAGUGGAGGAGCAAGCGGCGAUUGUGCUCAACUUAGCGACGCUCGUGGAGCAGCUCGAGCUGCACCGCCGGCAGGAGAAGACCAGCAAAUCUGCACGCACCUCAGAUCUCGGCAGCACCGACGCCCAGCUCCAAACGAUAAUAUUGACGCUGGCGCCACACUUCCGCCUGCUGCGGAUGUUGGUGUGCCAUCUGAACGCGGGCGACUUGACCGCCAUCGACGGGCUGCUGGGCUGUCCUCUCUACUACCCUCACUCUGACCUCCUCGUCACUGAAGCUUUCGUCAAGCUUCCGCCAGAGCAGCAAACACUUGUUAUCUCCUGCCUGUUCUUUGCGUCCAACUGGUUCAGGGAACUCGUCAACGCGUUCGUCACUCAGAAGGCGCCUGAACUCAAACGGAAGGUGUACGCGAGGCUGCGUAACCUACUCGAAGUGGAACAAACGUUAAGUAAGUUGCUGCCGCUGUGCCCCAGCUAUGAGCCUCACUUGGUGGCCUCUCAUGUAGACCCAAACACGUCCAUUACUCUACCCUCGGCUGCCGGUGCCGGCACGGGAGCUCCGAAGAAGAAGGGCAGGAAACCCAAAGCAAAUAAGAAGGUAAAGCAAGACGCUGCAUCUACCACAGCGCCUCUGACCCAGGCCUCACAAAUGCCUGCUUCUAUCCUCCCCUCCCAACCUCCGACAUCACAGCCGCCAGACACACAGCCCCAGGUCGACAAACCUUUGAGCUGCGACUUGAGCGCUUGUGCUCCAUUCCUCCGUGAAUUGCACCUUGAUGUCUUCAGCCUGCUCUUCAAAACAAUGUGUCUGGACCCAGAUCUUCAGGCGGCCGGCAACCAGCUGAGUGUGCUGGAGGCAGACUUCCUACUCACCGAUCUCAACAUGAAACUCGCGCACGUCUUCGGUGCAGACAAACGCUCUUCAGCACUCGGCAAGAGCACCGAUAACAAAGAGGCUGGCUUCUGGCACCUGAACCUGUUCAGUGCGGAGGAGCUGGCAACGCAGACACAGCGAUACGUCAAGCCCAUCUGCGUCCAUCUCGACAAAAUCAACGCUUUCUUCUCCAGCCUGAUCGCGGACCACGACGGAGUGCUGGACUGCUCAGGCGUGCUCAACGACCGCACGCUGCCCAUCGCCCGCGUCCAGGGGCUGCUGCUGACGUCCCUGCAGCUGCUGCUCGCCUGGCCGCAGCUACCUCGACAUGAACUGCUCUGCAGUUACAUGCUGCGCGUGAUCUGCCGCAAGACGUGGCCUGAGCGCAGCGUCGAGGACGUGCAAGCUUUGCCAACGGAACACCUUCUCUGGGGCGUCUUCUGUUAUGCGAGACGUCAAAUACACGCCUUGUUGGAGCUUGGAAGUGCGGUGCUGCUCGUACGGCUCCUCGAAGUCAUCGUGUCACUGGCCAGGAAACUCGGCUUCGAGUCUGUCCCUGAGGAGAGGCAGCAGGAGUCCGAGGACGUGGCGAGCAACGCUGACACGUCAAGUGAUAGUCGUCUAGUAGCUUCCUUUUAUGGACAUAAACUCGGCGAGGUGGUGUGCACGCUGCUGCAGCGCAACUGGACCACUGCGGCCGAUGGGUUACCUGACAAGGGCCCGCUCUUCAACCAACGUGUUGCUCACUUGCUGCAGUGUUGGUUCCGUACGAAUCCGCGUCCUCUGAAAGUCAUCCAACAAAUCACAGUGAGCGGCAUCGAUGAAUACAUGAGCUCCAGCAACAGCAACCCUUCUUCUGAAGCAUUUCCUACGCUCAACAAGCAUAUGCUGGUGAUCUACUUGAGCUGCCUCUUGAGCAACCUCAGCCCCAGCGUCAAGAAAGCUUUGGCUGUGAUUGAUACCUCCAGCCUAUCUGACGAUUUGUCCACCCAAGAAGAGAGCGUGCGUAGCCUGGCAGUUUGGUCGUCAGCAGUGGAGGUUUAUACGAAGCUGAUUCGUGUCGUGAAAAAACACCACUCACGUAGUCUACUUAGUGCGUGUCUCAAGUUUGCUCGACCGUUCCUUGAACUCUUCCUAAGCCUCGGAAUGCCUUUGAUGGAUUCCUCUCUAAAAGAUCAUAAAGAUGAUGUCUGCCAACUCCUCAAGACACUUCAGUCAGCUACCAGAAUUUUACAGAUUAUCUGUACUGAGUCCAAGGUGAAAAAAGACGUGAGCUUGACAUCGUAUGUUCCUCUCAUCCGUCGUUCUCUCGCAACGCUAGUUUUCCGUGUGAAAGCCAUGCUGGUGCACCAUAACUGUUCUAGAGCCUUCUGGCUCGGCGUUCUCAAGAACAGAAAUCUCGAUGGUGAUAUAAUUGCUACACAGGCAGGUGACACCGUGCCGGCAGAGAGGGAAGGACGGGGCACUUCUACCCCCACUGAUGAUAGUAGCCUUCAUCAAGAGGAGGGUGAAGCUGAACACGAGACAGACUCCCCUGAAGACGUCGAGUUAGACGAGUUGUCGGAUAUUGAGCUUGAAGAUGAUAAUUCGUCGGAAGAUAGGAACGCAAAAGGGAGAAAAAAGAGGAAGAAUGUUGCAGAAAGUGACGAUGAUGAAGAGGAACAGGAAGAAGAUGAAGAGGAAACUCCAACAGUGGAUGGUGCCACAGACUACAGCACCAGCUUCUGAUGAUAUCUAUAUCAAACUCCUAAAUAAACAAAAAUGAUUUAAGGAAAAAUUUUUUAAUCUAUGAUAUACUU